GGGGCGGUGAAGUUCCCAGCCUGCCUUCCGCGCUUGGCUCCACCCGCUGCCCUGUCCCCUUCGCUCCUCGCGCGCGGCUGUAAAUCCAAGCGCUUUUAGGUGCUGGUUCAAUGUGUCCUGGUUCGGGAUUUCCUUCAUUCUCUCCCUCCAUCUUGCAGAGUGUAAUGUCUCAGGAAGGCGAUUAUGGGAGGUGGACCAUAUCCAGUAGUGAUGAAAGUGAGGAAGAAAAGCCAAAACCAGACAAGCCGUCUACCUCUUCUCUUGGGCGAGGAGCAGCAAAUGAGCCUAGGUACACCUGUUCCGAGGCCCGGAAAGCUGCACACAAGAGGAAAGUAUCACCUGUGAAAUUCAGCAACACAGAUUCAGUUUUACCUCUCAAAUGGCAGAAAAGCGGUUCCCAGGAGGACCUAGGUUGGUGUCUGUCCAGCAGUGAUGAUGAGCUGCGUCCAGAAAGGCCUCAGAAGCAGGCUGAGAAAGUGGUGAUCAAAGAGGAGAAGGAUAUCUCUGCUCCCAAUGAUGGCGCUGCCCAAAGAGCUGAAAAUCAUGGCCCUUCCACCUGCGACAGGCUCAAAGAGGAGGAAGAAAAUGAACACGAGACAUCAGGGGAGGGCCAGGACAUUUGGGACAUGCUGGAUAAAGGGAACCCCUACCAAUUUUACCUCACUAGAGUCUCGGGAAUUAAGCCAAAGUAUAACUCCGGAGCCCUCCACAUCAAGGAUAUUUUGUCUCCUUUAUUUGGGACGCUUGUUUCUUCAGCUCAGUUUAACUACUGCUUUGACGUGGACUGGCUUGUAAAACAGUAUCCACGAGAGUUCAGGAAGAAGCCAAUCCUGCUUGUGCAUGGUGAUAAGCGAGAGGCUAAGGCUCACCUGCACGCCGAGGCCAAGCCUUACGAGAACAUCUCUCUCUGCCAGGCAAAGUUGGAUAUUGCAUUUGGAACACACCACACGAAAAUGAUGCUGCUGCUUUAUGAAGAAGGUCUCCGGGUUGUCAUACACACCUCCAACCUGAUCCACGCUGACUGGCAUCAGAAAACUCAAGGAGUAUGGUUGAGCCCCUUAUACCCACGAAUUGUUGAUGGAACCCACAAAUCUGGAGAAUCGACAACACAUUUUAAAGCUGACCUCAUCAGUUACUUGAUGGCUUAUAAUGCCCCUUCUCUCAAGGAGUGGAUAGAUGUCAUCCAUGAGCACGAUCUCUCUGAAACGAAUGUUUAUCUUAUUGGUUCAACCCCCGGACGCUUUCAAGGAAGUCAGAAAGAUAAUUGGGGACAUUUUAGACUUAGGAAGGUUCUGAAAGACCAUGCCUCAUCCAUACCUAACGAAGAGUCCUGGCCUGUAGUAGGCCAGUUUUCAAGCAUUGGCUCUUUGGGAGCUGAUGAAUCAAAGUGGUUAUGUUCUGAGUUUAAAGAGAGCAUGCUGGCACUGGGGAAGGAAAGCAAGACUCCAGGAAAAAGCUCUGUUCCUCUUUACUUGAUCUAUCCUUCUGUGGAAAAUGUGCGCACCAGUUUAGAAGGAUAUCCUGCUGGGGGCUCUCUUCCCUAUAGCAUCCAGACAGCUGAAAAACAGAAUUGGCUGCAUUCCUAUUUUCACAAAUGGUCAGCUGAGACUUCUGGCCGCAGCAAUGCCAUGCCGCAUAUUAAGACAUAUAUGAGGCCUUCUCCAGACUUCAGUAAAAUUGCUUGGUUCCUUAUCACAAGCGCGAAUCUGUCCAAGGCCGCCUGGGGAGCAUUGGAGAAGAAUGGCACCCAGCUGAUGAUCCGCUCCUAUGAGCUUGGGGUCCUUUUCCUCCCUUCAGCAUUUGGUCUAGACAGUUUCAAAGUGAAACAGAAGUUCUUCGCUGGCAGCCAGGAGCCAAUGACCACCUUUCCUGUGCCAUAUGAUUUGCCUCCAGAACUGUAUGGAAGUAAAGACGGAGUUUCGCUCUUGUUACGCAGGCUGGAAUGCAAUGGUGCGAUCUCGGCUCACUGCAACCUCCACCCCCUGGGUUCAGGCAAUUCUCCUGCCUCAGCCUCCUGAGUAGCUGGGAUUACAGGUACGCGCCACCAUGCCCAGCUAAUUUUUUUUGUAAUUUUUAGUAGAGACGGGGUUUCACCAUGUUGACCAGGAUGGUCUCGAUCUGUUGACCUCGUGAUCCACCCGCCUUGGCCUCCCAAAGUGCUGGGAUUACAGGCUUGAGCCACCGCGCCCGGCCCCUCACUGUUUCUUUAUAAUCAGACCCCGUUAUGCACUUUGACCAAGAAUACGAAAGAAGUAAUGUGUUCUUCCUGGUGCAUCAUAUCAGGAGGCACAUCCUAUUGAUCUAUCUGAUGUUAACUCUGAUUGAUUGGUUAAGUUGGUGUCUCCUAGGUUGUACAUAAUCAUUGACAAGUUUAAUAUAUUUCAAUUUUAAAAAAAAAUAUUUAAGUGGCUGAAACUAAACUAAUAAGCUGCAAAUGUAGUUGUUUAAUAGAAGAGGUCCUUAAAAGCUGGUUGGCACAUAAGGUAUGCAUAAUGUAGAUUUAACACAUACAUAAUAUACAUAAUCCUCCAAAAGGUUUUAAAACUAUUGAUUCCUAAAUGGUCUAACCAUUCUCCUACUGUCUUAUUAAUUUUAAAUAGCUCCUUGCAUUCAGAUAGUAGCAGAAUAAACAUCAGUCUAAACCUUUUAUAAUUAUUGCUAGAGUCCAAAAUCAUAAAGUAUUUUUCUAAGGGAAACAAAGUUGAUUGGAUUAUCCUUUCCAAAUAAAAUGCACAAAAGGUAUAUUGCUAUAAAUUGUUGGUGUGGCUGGGUGUGGUGGCUCACACCUGUAAUCCCAGCACUUUGGGAGGCAGAGGUGGGCAGAUCACUUGAGGUCAGGAAUUCAAGACCAGCUUGACCAACAUGGUGAAACCCUGUCUCUACUAAAAUCAAAAAAAUUAGCUGGGUGUGGUGGGAUGUGCCUAUAAUCCCAACUACUUGGGAGGCUGAGACAGGAGAAUCACUUGAACCUGGAGGUGGAGGUUGCAGUGAGCUGAGAUCGUGCCACUGCACUUCCGUGUGGGUGAUAGAGCAAGAUUCUGUCUAAAAAAAACCAAAACUGUUGGUAUGUUUUAUUUUUAAGGACCUGUUUUUGAAAGAGCUUCAGAAAUUAAGUUUUUUUUAAGAUGAAGUAGCCAAAAACAUUUUUAGAAUGAUUGUAGCCAUCUCCUUUAAUAAAAUCUAUUUUUGUUUCAUAGCACAAACAGAAGGCUGAAAGUAAACUAUGAGUUCAGCCUUUAAAAUUACUUUGUAAUCAGGAAGCUUAAAUCAGAAUUAAAAUUGAUUCUUUUGAAAUAAAUAAGUACUGAAUUUUCAGCAAGUUGAAUUCAUCCUCACACCAGUUAGAUGGUUGCAUUCUGCUCUGUAUAGUCACAUUAAUAUGUGCAGUUCACAGAGAAAGGUGUUAAUGGGUUUUAGGUAACACUGAUACUGCAAUUACAAACAAUUGCAUUUCUACUAACUUGGUAAAUCAGUGCAAAACACUUCAGAGCUUUCUUUGGCAUUUCUAGCUGGCAUGUCUUGUACAUUCCUUGAUUUCAGAGUAGGCUAAUGUAAAAUGGCAUUGAAACUUUUAGGAUAAUUGGUUCAUCUUUUUAGCAUUCCACCCCGCCCCCACACCCCACUUUGCUUAUUCCUGGUAUAAGAAUUAAAAAUGACUGUUCAGGUGACAAAUAGUGGCAUCUGGAGGUCAUACAUCAAGUUUCGCAUAGAGAUGACAGUGAAAGAUGUAUGUGUGGGUGUUUGGGCCUCGGGGUGAGAGCAGAGUCAUAAGUCCUAACCCAUGGCCAUUUCUUAGGGGGUUGGAGAAAAGACCUUAUUACCUGGGGAAACAGGAUUUUGUACUUUACUUGGAUUUAUCUGAUUAUU